UUUUCGAUUUAAUUUGUUCUUUUUCUCGACACACUGGAGCAGAGCAGAGCACCACAACGGCUUACUUGCUCUUCGCGGUGAGUCUCUUAGUUUAAUCAGUGAGAUCAUGCAUAGGCUCGUUCCUCGAUCUGGGUAUCCUAAUUCCACCGAGUUGUUGCGAAAGUCGCGAGCUUUAACUGCAAAUUCGAGGACUUUAGCUGUAAACAGGAGUAGAUACGUCAGCAACGAAGCAGCAAGAGUGUCGACAGAGUACGAUGUUCUUGAGAAAGGAGCUGAAGUAGGAUCACACAUCAUACCCGUGGCACUUGAUAAGAUUCUCCCACAUUGGAGACAAGAACAGAGCUGCGUUGGAGAUAGAGGAGAUAACGAUGUCUACUUGUGCAACAGUCACAUCAAUGCUUAUUUCGAGAAGGGAGAUUCAGUCUCUGCGCGUAACCUGUUCGACGAAAUGCCUCAGAGGAACUCUGUCACAUGGGCAUGCGUUGUUUCAGGGUAUAACCGUAACGGACAACAUAAGGAAGCCCUAUUGCUCUUAAGAAACAUGAUCAGAGAAGGAGUUUUCUCGAACCCAUACGCUUUCGCUAGUGCCCUUAAGGCUUGCCAGGAGUUAGAAGAUUCUGUUGGGAAGCUUUUCGGGAGACAGCUUCACGGCCUAAUGUUCAAACUCUCAUAUGCAUUCAAUGCUGUAGCUUCGAAUGUCCUCAUAUCAAUGUACUGGAAAUGCAUAAAGUCUCUUACUUCUGCUCUUCGUGCUUUCGAUGACAUUGGAGUUAAAAACUCUGUAUCGUGGAACUCGAUUAUAUCUGUUUAUUCAGGGGCUGGGGAUUUGAGAUCUGCGUUUAAGAUGUUAUCUAUCAUGCAGUGUGGUGAUUCUAGACCAACCGAGUACACUUUCGGUACUCUUGUAACUGCUGCUUGUUCUCUCACUGAUGUUAGUUUGCUCAAGCAGAUCAUGUGCGCUAUUCAAAAAUCUGGUUUUCUCUCUGAUCUUUUCGUUGGUAGUGGAUUGGUGUCUGCGUUUGCAAAGGCUGGUGAAUUGAGUAACGCUAGGGAGGUUUUUAAUCAGAUGGAAACGAGAAACGCUGUGACCUUGAACGGGUUAAUGGUUGGUCUUGUGAGGCAGAAACGUGGAGAGGAAGCAAGUAAGCUCUUUAUGGAUAUGAAAGGCGUUACUGAUGUUAGUCCUGAGUCAUACGUGAAUCUCCUGAGCUCGUUUCCUGAGUAUUAUCUAGCUGAGGAAGUAGGUCUGAGAAAAGGCAGAGAGGUUCAUGGACAUGUGAUCACAACCGGCUUAGUUGAUUCCAUGGUCGGGAUAGGAAACGGCCUUGUUAAUAUGUAUGCUAAGUGCGGGUCAAUAGAUGACGCCAGACGUGUGUUCCGUUUCAUGAUGGAGAAAGAUUCCGUCUCCUGGAACUCCAUGAUCACUGGUCUUGACCAAAACGGCUGUUUUCAAGAAGCUUUGGAGCGCUACCAAAGCAUGAGACGACAUGGAAUCUCGCCUGGAAGUUUCGCACUGAUUAGUUCACUGAGCUCAUGCGCUAGCUUGAAGUGGGGUAGAGCAGGACAACAGAUUCAUGGAGAAAGCCUCAGAUUGGGGCUUGAUUUCAAUGUUUCGGUUUCAAACGCCCUUAUCACGCUGUACGCAGAGACAGGCUAUGUCAAUGAAUGUCGUAGAAUAUUCUCCUUCAUGCCAGAGCAUGAUCAGGUCUCUUGGAAUGCCAUGAUAGGUGCUUUAGCUAGCUCAGAAGGUUCACUACCUGAAGCCGUGUCAUGUUUCAUGAACGCGCUACGAGCGGGACAGAAACUCAACAGAAUAACCUUCUCAAGCGUUCUCUCAGCUGUCUCAUCCCUCUCAUUCGGUGAGCUCGGCAAGCAGAUACACGCGCUAGCUUUAAAGUACAGUAUCACAGACGAAGCAACCAUUGAGAACGCGCUUAUAGCUUGUUAUGGCAAGUGUGAGGAGAUGGAGGAGUGCGAGAAGAUAUUCUCUAGAAUGUCGGAGAGAAGAGAUGAUGUAACUUGGAACUCGAUGAUCUCUGGUUAUAUACAUAAUGAUCUCCUCCCCAAGGCCUUGGACUUGGUUUGUUUUAUGCUGCAGAGAGGUCAGAGAUUGGAUAACUUCAUGUACGCGACGGUUCUCAGCGCGUUUGCUUCGGUUGCGACGCUGGAGCGUGGCAUGGAAGUGCACGCUUGCUCGGUGAGAGCUUGUUUGGAAUCCGACGUGGUGGUUGGGAGUGCGCUCGUCGACAUGUAUUCCAAAUGCGGAAGACUAGAUUACGCUUUGAGGUUCUUCAACGCAAUGCCUGUGAAGAAUUCGUAUUCUUGGAACUCGAUGAUCUCUGGCUACGCACGACAUGGGGAAGGAGAAGAAGCUUUGAAGCUUUUUGAGGAUAUGAAGCUCGAUGGACAAACACCACCUGAUCACGUUACGUUCGUGGGAGUGUUGUCGGCUUGUAGCCACGCUGGUUUGGUUAAAGAAGGGUUUAAACAUUUUGAGUCCAUGAGUGAUUGUUAUGGCUUGGCACCUAGGAUUGAGCAUUUCUCAUGUAUGGCUGACUUGCUAGGCCGUGCGGGUGAGUUAGAUGAGUUGGAAGAGUUCAUCGAUAAGAUGCCGAUGAAGCCUAAUGUACUCAUAUGGAGAACUGUGCUCGGCGCUUGUUGCAGAGCAAACGGUCGUAAAGCAGAGCUAGGGAGGAAAGCAGCAGAGAUGCUGUUUCAACUAGAGCCAGAGAACGCUGUAAACUAUGUGCUGCUUGGUAACAUGUAUGCAUCUGGAGGAAGAUGGGAGGAUUUAGUAAUUGCGAGGAAGAAGAUGAAAGAUGCAGAGGUGAAGAAGGAAGCUGGUUACAGUUGGGUCACCAUGAAAGAUGGAGUUCAUAUGUUUGCCGCUGGGGAUAAGUCACACGCAGACGCGGAUUUGAUCUAUGAGAAGCUCAAGGAGCUUAAUAGGAAGAUGAGGGAUGCAGGUUAUGUGCCGCAGACGGGAUUCGCUUUGUAUGAUCUAGAGCAGGAGAACAAGGAAGAGAUUCUGAGCUAUCACAGUGAGAAGCUCGCUGUAGCUUUUGUUCUCAUGACGCAGAGGAACUCUACGCUGCCUAUUAGAAUAAUGAAGAAUCUUAGAGUUUGCGGUGAUUGCCACUCUGCUUUCAAGUAUAUAUCGGAGAUCGAAGGGAGACAGAUUGUUCUAAGAGAUUCAAACAGGUUUCAUCAUUUUCAAGACGGUGAAUGUUCAUGUAAAGACUUCUGGUGAUUGCGUGAGUCUCAAAGGUGAUUUCACUUGGAUUCAGCGCUUAUUCACUCAAAACUAUUGUUCUUUCUGCUUCUGGAAAGCGAAGUUGAGAUGCAUCAAAUAAGCAAGAUGUGGGAAGGAGCUCAUAAGAUGAUGUUUAGACCAAUCAUGACCAUGGAUCCAUGAUCAAUCAUCUCAUUUGCGCUUGUGGGAUCCCAAUAUUCCAGAAAAGGUAUGUCGAAGAUGAGGAAAGUAAGCUAUAUUUUGAAGGCAUGUGACGAUCCACAGCAGAGUAUAGAGUGGACAAUGCCUGAAAGUGGUGGAUGCUUUACGUGUAGUCCCCAAGAUUCACUUAUGGUAGUCAACAAAACCAUAUUUUUCAUCAUAAAACUGUAUGUAAGCAAUAGUGUCUUCGUUUGUU